AUCACGCAAAAACCAUGACAACAACAGGUGUCUGUGGAAAACCAGAACUGGCAGACAACACAGUACCUGUGUCAGACUUAUCACAUAACAUUGGUGCCAGUAUUCGCAUUCAGUGUGCAAAGGGCUACGUAAGGAAAGCAGGAACAUCCAGCCUGAUCCGAUGCACUCAACAACAAAAUCACAAUGCAUCCUGGCACUCUGAACUUCCUCUCAAGUGUAUACCUGAUCCCAAAAAUCCACAAGUGGCCACAACAGAGACCCAAAGUCCUCAUCAACAAUUCACAUCAUCCACCACAGAAAGAACAUCGAGAAAGCAUCCCACACUUCAUGGCACAAGCUCGCCAAUCACAACAACAGGGCAUAUAGCUUUGACAACAACAAAUGAAGUUGUCACAACCAAAACAAGAAGAACCACCAGCCAGCCAACUUUGAUGAGCACAACAAAAGAGACGGAGUCUAUUACAACAACCAAUGAGACAACAACCAGCUACACAAGCAGAGAAUAUAUGACAACAACAUCGUCACAUACGCUGUCAGGCUCUUUCACUACAACAACAGAACCCAAAAGGAGAAGUUUAGCAGAAUGUUCACGCUGCUCUUUUCCAUAUAGUAUAUAAAGACCAAGAGCUGUCAAGCUCUUUAUUUACUCAUGUACACAUUCAAUCUUCCUAUAAACAUGUCGCAACAAGUUUGAAAAAGUCAUAGAGGUUUGGAAAAACAUAAAUGAUGACAGAAUUUCCAUAAUAAUCUUCAUUAAGCUAAAUCAUUGUUUAGGUAUAAAAAUGUGUUCUAACACUUAUUAAUCCGGGCUCAGACUACAGGAGUUUUAAAAUCCUAACCGAUUAUGAAAUCUGGUUGCAGCACACCCAUAAAGAGAAACUUCACAGAUUUUCUUCCCUCAA